AUGGAGCAAUUUGUAGCCGGCCUCGAUGGAUUAUUGACGAAAUUGGUGUCAGCUCAGGAUUCUGACACUAUCCGAAAUAUCACUUCCACGUUGAACACUCAGUUCUAUGCUUCCCAGAACUGUGUUCCCGCUCUUGUUCAGAUUAUCAGCCAGUCGCCUCACCCUGAAGUACGACAACUUGCAGCUGUCGAACUUCGCAAGCGUAUCUCCAAGUGGUGGCAAGAGGUGCCCGAAGCGACCCAGGUCGCUAUUCGUACUCAGUUGCUUCAGAUCGCUCUUAAUGAACAACAGGAGCUCGUUCGCCAUUCAGCUGCUCGCGUCAUUUCCUCUAUUGCUCGUAUCGAUGUACCAGAAAACAAGUGGCCUGAUUUGCUCUCUUUCUUGAAUGAAAGUUGCGCAAGCCCCAACGCUAUCCAUCGUGAAGUAGGAACUUACUGUUUGUACGCGCUCUUUGAAGUGAUCGCCGAGUUCUUCAUGAACCAUUCCAGCUCGUUGUUCGAUCUUUUCAACAAAACCAUCGUCGAUCCUGAGAGCAAGAACGUCAGAGUCACCACUGUUUUGACCCUCGGUAAAUUGGCUGAAUACAUCGAUACCGAAGAUAAGGAGAACAUCAAAAUGUUCAGAAACAUGAUUCCUGCUAUGGUCAGCGUUCUUGAGCAAUGCUUAAACGAGAGUGACGAGGAAAAUGCGGGCGAAAUCUUUGAAGUCUUUGAUAACCUGUUGAUGCUGGAUGCUCCUUUGCUUUCCAAUCAUUUGGUUGACCUUAUCCGUUUCUUCUUGACCGUGGGUGGCAACCGUGAGUUGGAUGAGACUCUUCGUGUCAUGGCCCUGUCUUUCCUCAUGUGGGCUGCUGUUUACAAACAAAACAAGAUCAGAAGCCUUAAGCUUGUUGGUUUUAUCGUGGAGAGCUUGAUGCCGAUCGGUACCGAAGAGGAUCCCGAGGAUGCCGAUGAAGAUUCGCCCUCUCGUUUGGCCUACAAGGUGCUCAAUGCUCUUGCUACCAACAUGCCUCCUCAGCAGGUCUUCCCCAUUGUUAUGCCCAUGGUCGUCUCCUACUUGCAGAACCCCAAUCCCAACUACCGCAAGGCCGCCAUGAUGGCUUUCGCUGUUAUCAUUGAAGGCUGCGCUGAAUUCAUGAGCCCCAAGUUCAACGAACUUUUGCCCUUGGUUUGCACCGGUCUUCAGGAUCCCGAAAUUAUUGUCCGUCGCGCGGGUUGUAUGGCCCUCGGUUGUCUUGCCGAAGAGUUGGCCACUGAAAUCUCGGAACAUCAUCAAGUGCUCCUUCCUCUUGUCUUCAACCUCAUGAAUGACACCAAUCCCGAAGUCACCAAACACGCUUGUAACGCUUUGGACGCUAUUCUUGAAGGUCUUGGAAACGAAGUGCUUCAGUACCUUCCCAUGUUGAUGGAAAAGCUCCUUUACUUGUUGGAUAACGCUUCGCAGACCGAAACCAAGGCUACCGUCAUGGCUGCUAUUGGCAGUGCUGCACACGCUGCUGGCGAAUCGUUCCAACCUUACUUUGGUCAAAUCUUGCCCCGUAUCCGUCACCUGAUGUCUCUGAAGGAAGGCAAUGACGAAACCUUGCUUCGUGGUGUCGCUACCGAUUCCGCUGGCGCUAUUGCUGAAGCAGUUGGAGCCGAUAUGUUCCGACCUUACACUCAAGAUUUCAUGACCUUGGCCAUUGAGCAGCUCCAGUUGGAUUCUCCCCGUUUGAGAGAGUGCUCCUAUGCAUUCUUCUCCAUCAUGGCUCGCGUCUUUGGCGAAGAAUUUGCUCCUUAUCUGCCUACCAUCAUGCCUUCCAUCUUGAGCUCUUGCCAGGCUGAAGAAAAGGACGACACCAUCCUGGAAGGUGAAAUCGAUCUUACCUUGGGCGAUGGUGACGAAGAGGAAGAUGAUCUUAGCGCCCUCAACUUCAACUCGGCUGUGGCUGAUGAAAAGGAAUUCGCUGCCGAUGCUCUCGGUGAGCUUUUCGAAAACACCCGCUCGCAUUUCCUUCCAUACGUCGAAGCCUCGAUCAACGAAUUGACCCAGUUGUCGUUCCACUUAUUCGAUGGUGUGCGCAAAGCCGUCACUGGCAGUUUGUUCAGCUUCUUGAAGACAUUCUAUAUCAUCUCUGGUCAAGGCGAUUGGGUUGCUGGCUUACCUCCCAAUUACACUCUUCACGAAAACGUUCAGAAUAUGGCCGCGAUGGUGAUGCCUACUAUCUUGAGCAUCUGGAAGGAUGAAGAUGAUCGUAUGGUCGUGAUUCAGAUCUGUCACGAAAUGAUUCAGGCUCUUAAACUGAUGGGACCUGCCAUCAUCGCUAACCAUGUUGAGGAUAUUGCCCGCAACUUGUUGGAUAUCUUUGAGAAGCGAUCGAUUUGCCAACAGACCUUUGAUGACGAAGACUUUGUUGAUGAGGAUGAAGAAGCCGAAUCCGAAUCCUUGUUGAUCAGUGCUGCCGGUGAUCUGGUGGCGGCUCUCUGUGAGACCAUUGGUGAAAGUUUCUCGUCGUUCUUUGACGUGUUCCUUCCUCUUAUCUCCAAAUACUAUAAAAAGACAAAGACGUCGUCCGAGCGUUCGAUGGCGGUUGGCUGUCUUGGAGAGUGCAUUACUGGUGUGAAGUCGGCCGUGACUCCUCAUACCGAACGUCUUUUGCAAUUGUUUAUCAAGGCAUGCGGUGACGAAGAUCAAACUGUACGAAGCAAUGCCGCUUUCGCCUUGGGUAUUCUUACGACUCAUUCCCAGAUUGAUUUAAGCUCCCAAUAUAACUCCAUGUUGACCGCUCUUUAUCCGUUAUUCCACAACCAAUCAUUACCCAACACUACGGAUAAUGCUGCUGGUUCGGUGGCCCGUCUUAUUCUGGCCCAUCCCGACGCUGUUCCUUUGGAUCAGGUCUUGCCCGUUUUCACCAAUGCUCUUCCUCUCAAGGCGGACUUUGCUGAAAACGAGCCAGUGUUUAACUGCUUAUUCCAACUCUUCCGUUCAAACAACUCAUUUGUUUUCAGCCACAUUCCCCAGUUCCUUCAAGUGUUUAACCACGUUCUUUCCGAUGAAGAGCAAUUGAACGACAGCACACGUUCUCAGCUGAUUGAAUUGCUGCGCGCAUUGAACGCUCAAUCCCCCGACUUAAACUUGGCUUCGACCGAGCUAGGACGUUUCCUGUAG